AUGUGUGCUUGGCUGCUUGUUCCACCUGAAUCGCAUGACGCCGCGUUCUGUAGAUUCUUCGAGCCCCUAGAGACACCAAGAUCCAUCCACUCAGAACGCCCAUUUUACGCCAUGCAGGAACCCAACGUUUGGCUUAUCACGGGCACCACUUCGGGCAUAGGUGCUGCCCUCGUGGAACAGUUCGCCGCAAGAGGCGAUAAGGUCAUUGCUACAGGCCGAAAUGCGACUACACGAUUAGCAGACAAGAAGUCGGAUACAAUCAUCCCUUUCGACCUUGAUGUGACCUCCCCGCUCGCCGAUAUCAAAUCCCAGGUGCAAGAAGCUGUCAAAACUUUUGGGCACAUCGACUUCGUUAUCAACAAUGCCGGCUAUUCUCUUUUGUCUUCAAUUGAAGAGGCAGAUGAAGAAUUCGUUCAAAAGAUGUUCGACACUAACCUCUUCGGAGCGAUGAAGGUCGUUCAAGCCGUUCUUCCGCAUUUCCGCGAGAGAAAGUCAGGCAUCUUUGGAUUCAUCGGUGCUGGAUUUGGCUGGUCAUCUUUCCCAUUUAUGGCUCACUAUGGCAUGGCUAAAGGUGCACUCACAAUGUUUGUUGAGGGUCUCCAGAAAGAGACUGCUCAUCUCGGUAUCAAAGCCGUUAUCUUCGAGCCUGGUGGUGUCAACUCUGGCAUGAACGACAAAAAGGAGGAUGAGCCACAGGAAAAGGGGCCUCCUCCUGGGUUCCCAAGUAUCGCGGACUACCAAGGGUUUUAUGGUGAGGCUGUAGGAAGGAUCGCGAUAGAAGUCUUCCCAAACCUCCCAUCAUCCGUUGAAAAACUUCCACCAGUUCUUUGGGAUGUUAUCAAAGGGCAGGGCCUAGCAACUGGAAAGGCAUUCCCGAUUAGAGUUCCCAUUGGGGUGGACUCCGUCGAGGUCAUCAGGCAAAAGUGUCAAGAGCAGCUUCAUCUAUGCGAUGAAUGGGAGAAAGCUGCCUUGAGCACUGCUAGAGAUGGGGUGACUCAAGUCCCGAACGAGUUCAUGAUGAAAAAGCUUUCCAUUCUGAACAUGACAGAUUCCUGA